AUGCAUUUCUUCACGAGCUUGCUGCUCACCGCAGCGACCGUCCAGGCACACUACACCUUCCCCCGCCUCGUAAUUAACGGCAAACCCGAAGAAAAGGACUGGUCCGUAACGCGACGAACGAAGAACGACAACACCAAGCAAGGCAUUGAAAACCCGACCAAUGCCGACAUCCGCUGCUACUCGUCCUCCAACGCCGCCGGCAUCGCGACCGUGCCUGCCGGAGCCCAGAUCCACUACAUCUCGACACAGCAGGUGAACCACCCGGGACCGACGCAGUACUACCUCGCCAAGGUUCCCGAGGGAAAGAGUGCGAGCAACUGGGACGGAAGCGGGAAUGUGUGGUUCAAGUUCCACACUGAGAUGCCGACGGUCGAUAAGAAUAAACAGAUGACCUGGCCAGGACAGAACGAAUACAAAACCACCAACGCCACAAUUCCCAAAUCCACGCCCUCGGGAGAGUAUCUGCUGCGCGUCGAGCAUAUCGCCCUGCACAUGGCAAUGCAGGCCAACAAGGCGCAGUUCUACCUUAGCUGCUCGCAGAUCAAGAUCACGGACGGCGGGAGCGGGUCGCCAGGUCCGCUAGUCGCGCUUCCCGGCGCAUACAAGAGUAACGACCCCGGGAUCCUGGUCAAUCUGGGGAGCAUUCAGAACGCGCCCGAGACGUAUCAGCCGCCGGGUCCGAAGGUUUGGUCGGGGUAGAUGGUGA